CUAUGGGCUCCACAACAAACUCCCAGAAUUCCAUAGCCUUGAGCCAAGGCAGUUAAAGCGGUACCAAACCGGGUUAUUUCUGUAGUGUGGAUGCAGCCGCAGGAACCUGAGUCGGGCGAGAAUAGUCUUCGUCGUGGUCUUCACUUCACCUCAGGCCGGCUACCGAACGUUCCAACCGCCUCUCCUCGCUCUCUGAUUGGUCGCCCGCUUCCCUCGCGCUGUGUGAUUGGUCGCUCGCCUCUCUGGCGCUCGUCCUGAUUGGCCGCGACGCACGCGCCCGUCUCGUCCCCGCCCCUUCCCCCCCUCAGUCAGGAGCUGCUCCUGUGCGAAGCGGCAGGCCAGUCAGUCGCCUGUCACCCUUCGGAGGGUUCGCGUCUCCAGCGGCGAUGAUGAUGGAGCCGCUGCACUCGCCGCUGCUGCUGCUGCUGCUGCUGCUGCGGCCCUGGUAGUCUUGGAGCGGAACAUGGCCGCCGCCGCUGCCGCCGGCGGUCGGAGGGAGAGGCUGGUCCUGUUGCUGGGGGUCCUGCUCAGCCGGUGCCUCGGGGAGCAGCCCCAGCGGGCCUCCGCUUCCUCCUCCUCCUCCUCGGAGGCGGAGGAGACGGUGAUCAUCGGGCUGCGGCUGGAGGACACGGACGACGUCUCCUUCAUGGAGCGCGGGGUGCUGCGCGUGAGCGAGAGGACCAGCGUCAAGCUGCGCGUCUACGGGCAGAACAUCAACAACGAGACCUGGUCUCGCAUCGCCUUCACGGAGCACGAGCGCUGGCAGGGCGGCGAAGGCCCCGCGGGCUCCCCGCAGCGCUGCGGCAUCCGCACCUCGGACAUCAUCAUCCGGCCCCACAUCACCCUCAGCCGCCGCACCUCCGGCGUCAUCGAGAUCGACAUCAAGCCCCUCCGGAAGACCGAGAAGAGCAAGUCCUACUACCUCUGCACCUCCGUCGCCUCCCCGGCUGCGGGGGCGGGAGGCGGGGGCGGAGGGGGCAGCGGCGGAGGGUCCCUCCUGGGCCCCGAAGGAGGAGGAGGAGGAGGAGGGGGAGCGGGACCUCCCUGGACGGAGACCACCUGGGUCUACCACGACGGAGAGGACACCAAGAUGAUCGUGGGCGAGGAGAAGAAGUUCCUGCUCCCCUUCUGGCUCCAGGUGAUCUUCAUCUCGCUCCUGCUCUGCCUCUCGGGGAUGUUCAGUGGCCUCAACCUGGGGCUCAUGGCCCUGGACCCCAUGGAGCUGCGCAUCGUCCAGAACUGCGGCACCGAGAAGGAGAAGAACUAUGCCAAGCGCAUUGAGCCGGUGCGCCGCCAGGGCAACUACCUGCUCUGCUCCUUGCUCCUGGGCAAUGUCCUGGUCAACACCACCCUGACCAUCCUGCUGGACGACAUCGCCGGCUCCGGGCUGGUGGCCGUGGUGGUCUCCACCAUCGGUAUCGUCAUCUUCGGCGAGAUCGUGCCGCAGGCCAUUUGCUCCCGGCACGGUCUUGCCGUAGGCGCCAACACCAUCUUCCUCACCAAGUUCUUCAUGAUGAUGACCUUCCCGGCCUCCUACCCGGUCAGCAAGCUGCUGGACUGCGUCCUGGGGCAGGAGAUCGGCACCGUCUACAACCGAGAGAAACUUCUGGAGAUGCUGAGGGUCACCGACCCUUACAACGACCUGGUCAAGGAGGAGCUGAACAUCAUCCAAGGUGCGCUGGAGCUGCGCACCAAGACGGUGGAGGACGUCAUGACCCCGCUCAGGGACUGCUUCAUGAUCACCGCUGAGGCGGUGCUCGACUUCAACACCAUGUCUGAAAUCAUGGAGAGCGGCUACACCCGCAUCCCCGUCUUUGAAGGGGACCGCUCCAACAUUGUGGACCUCCUUUUCGUCAAAGACCUGGCUUUUGUGGAUCCUGACGAUUGCACUCCGCUCAAAACCAUCACCCGGUUCUAUAACCACCCGUUACACUUUGUCUUCAAUGACACCAAGCUUGAUGCCAUGCUUGAGGAAUUCAAAAAAGGUAAAUCUCACUUGGCAAUAGUACAGCGGGUGAACAAUGAAGGGGAAGGGGAUCCUUUUUAUGAAGUCUUGGGCAUUGUUACCUUGGAAGAUGUAAUUGAAGAGAUCAUCAAAUCUGAGAUUCUAGAUGAAACAGAUCUGUACACUGAUAACAAGACCAAAAAGAAAGUAGCUCAUCGAGAGAGAAAGCAGGACUUCUCUGCCUUCAAACAGACAGAUAGUGAAAUGAAGGUUAAAAUCUCACCUCAGUUACUCCUGGCAAUGCAUCGUUUCCUAGCCACAGAAGUUGAAGCAUUUGGCCCAUCCCAGAUGUCUGAAAAGAUCCUCCUAAGGCUACUGAAGCAUCCCAAUGUGAUUCAGGAGUUGAAGUAUGAUGAGAAGAACAAGAAAGCCCCUGAAUACUACCUCUAUCAGCGAAACAAACCUAUCGAUUACUUCAUUUUAAUUUUACAGGCCGAGAUGACAGUUGAAGAGGGUAGGGAGGGGCCCAGCUUCGAGCUUCAGGCAUGGUAUUAUUACGGCAUCCUUAUUUUACUCUCCUUUUCAGCUGAAAACAAAUCACCACCCCGCUCUUGUGGCUUGAAUCAUUCGGAUUCUCUUAGCAGAGGGGAUCGCAUUGAUGCUGUGACACCAACAAUAGGGAAUAGCAACAACCAGUUGAACUCUUCAUUUGUUCAGGUGUAUGUUCCAGACUACUCAGUGAGAGCAAUCUCAGACAUUCAAUAUGUCAAGAUCUCAAGACAGCAAUACCAAAAUGCUCUAAUGGCAUCCCGGAUGGAUAAAACACCUCAGUCCUCGGACAGUGAAACCACUAAAAUAGAACUGACUCUUACAGAACUGCAUGAUGGUUUGCCAGAUGAGAUGGCGAAUUUGCUGAAUGAACAGAACUGUGUAACUCACAACAAGUCCAACCACAGUAUGCACAGUGAAGGCGCCAUCUAGGAGCAGACACACAGCAUCUCAUUCUUCAUCUGCCCUACAUCCCAGCCCUCGCUCUAUUCAGCAGGACCAGUUUCUUUCCUCCCUCAUGCCUUCUACCUGAUGGACACCAUUACUAUGUGCUUACUAAGCCCUGCGCUUCCAGUGCUCUGAGACCAAAGACUUCAUGCCCAUCCCGGAACAGAAGAAAGAAACAAGAAAAAAAGUGGUAGUUCAGAGAUAUAACAUAGGACAAAAAAGAAGACACAAAUACCUACGCAAAGCCUGGGGAUAAGCUACCCUUCAGGCGUACCUAACAAAUUUCUUCCUACCAGAGCAGAAUCAUGUUUAUUUUUCCAGUUAAAAGAGAGAUUGUGUUUUUUUAAAUAAGAUUAUGCAGUUUUAAAUGUCACAGGGCCUUUCCAGUUAAACUUUACUAUGUUGUGAAUUUGCCCCAGUGUCCUAUCUGUCCCUUGUCAUUUUGUUUUUUCCCCUUGUUGAAAUGGCAAAUUGGUACUAGAAUGUAUUUGUUUUGUAAAGAAGAAAGAUUGAAUGAAACUUAAGGAACCUCUGUCACCUCUCUGUUGGGAGAUUGGGGAGGGGAUUGUUCUCUUUCUGUCCAGCCUCUGUGAGAGGAGGUGUUCUGGGGCUUUGCAUGCAAAAAUUCCUCUUUAAAGAUUGUAUUUUAUAGUUCAGGAAUGUAAAGGGGGAAAUUGGCCUGUGCCUAAUGGAGGCAAAUGUUUGAUUUUUCCAGAGGGAAUACUUUCCCCAAAAGAACUGCAUAUAGCAUUUUUAUUUAAUCUGAGGAAGUAAUGGUGGUAAUCCCUGCUGCCUCACUUGUGUUGAGUAAUUACCUGGACUUAUUUUUAUUAUUAAGAGUCUGGUACAACAUAAUAAUUGAUCUGUCCUUUAAUUUGAGCAAAGAUCAGGGUUGAGAUUCUGUUGGGGAGUUACAAACAUGUAACCUUAGAGUUAUGCAUUUGUAACUUUGGGUGUUCAUAAUCCCUAUGUAUUCCCUAGUAGGGGACUGUAGAAGUCCCCAGUCUCUAUUUACUAGGAAGUAACUCCUGCAGUUGAUGGGUAUCCAUUCCCGUGUUGCUCAGAAAGCAGCUAAAUGAACUUUCCACCCACCCCCUUGUGUGGGUUAUCUCCGAUGAGAAGGGAAAUUGCAACAGGGACCCUGCUUCUGCCUGUCACAAUGGAGAUCACCCCCAGGAAGGGCUGAGAACUUUGGUUAGCAGCUUCCAGAGCAACAGGGGAACAGACCUCCAUUGAUCACAGUGGCUGCUUUUCAAUAAAUGGUAAAUGAGGGGUUGGGCCAGGAGUCACUGUAAAACCACAUAACUAUGGUGGUUAUGCAUUUGUAACUCCUCAACAGGGUCUACCUUGGAAAUAGAGGUAAGGCAGCCCACCAAUCACUAAUCCCCCCCCCCAAUAUGCUGCUAUGCUAAUAGCCAAAGUGAAUCCUCCUAGAGGCUUUUUUCACUGUAAGGUACCUGCCACUGGAUAUUGAACCACCCUCAUUUUUUCUAGGUUUUGCAAAAGUCUUUCAGGAUAAAAUGAGCCGGUGUUUGAUGGUUGUGAUUCUGUUAUACAGAUGGUUUCUUCUGUUAUACAGUGCAUUUGUAACUUCUCAGUUCUCUCUUUUUAGGAACCGCUUUUAAUGAGCAACACAAAUUGGCUCCCUGGGCCUGAAAAAAAGACUAUCAAUCCCUUCAGGAUUUCCCAGCGCCCAUAGUUUAGGAGGCUGUAAAUUUGGGUGCAGAGCUCUCUGGAUUAUGCCUUUGAGCAGCCUUGCUGGAUGAUGCAGGAUUAUAAAAUUCAGCAUUGUUGUUCUCUUCUUAUUGCUUGUAACAGAGAAGACUGAAUAAUGCUAACUGUUAUACAUCUCUUGAGAGGUGGGCCUGUUCUGCACAAAAGCUAGACCCCAUUAUCUAUGGACUGUGAUUCCUAUUGCCAUCUUGAUUUUCCCCUUUUUAUUCAUGUUUUGUCAGAAUCUGGGUUGUAGUAAUGCCUCACAAUCUUCUCUGUGGUUGGAGGAAUUCAUCAUAGGUUUAGAGAUGAAUUUGCUCAUGCAAAUACUUUUAGGAAAAAGUAUAUUCUCCACAUCACUUACUGUAUGUUUCUACAUGAAGUUCAUUCCAUAAUGUUUUUAACAGUACUGUAGCUGUAACUCAACAGUUACAGAGACAAAUAGUUGCUUUUUUUCAUGGAGCCUUGUGUAACAAGGGAUGGCAAGGGAUGCUAUUUCAUUACCCAGGUAGCUUAUCUGUCAUUUCAGAAAAGUCCCUAUGGAGUCAAUAUGAUUGGAAAAAUUGGACCUUUUCAUUUUUUAAGGGAGAAGUUUAAAAUUUUUCUAUUUUAUUUUUCUUUAUCUCUCCUUUUGACAACAUUUUUAGGGUUGCCUGGAAGUACUUAAAGGUAAGUGCAGAGGAGGUUCUGUGUUUCUUGCCACAGCAGUCUCACAGUGCUGCAUUUGGGAGUGGUAAAGUACUGUUGAAAAUGUCUCCAUUAUAAGCUGGCACAGUGUAACACAGGUGAGAAAAGUGUCCACUCCCACCUUUUUUGCAGCCUUCCAGAUAUCCUCAGACCAUGUGCAUGCAUUUGCACACACACACUUUUUUGAGUUGGGGGGGAACACCCAGAAAAGAGAAAUCACCUCUGUUAGAGGCCUCCUGAAAACCUUUAAACAAUUCUCAAGCCUACCUAAUCCAAUUCCCCCACCAUCAAUCCCAGGAAUAGCAACCAGAACUCAAUUCAGGUUGUGGUCUUCAGCUUAUUUCCAACCAAUAUGGGGUGCUGAAGCCUGGCACAGGAGCAAAAAUUGGCCCCUGCUGCAGUUACUUACCACCUUUGUAUCAUAAAGAGAGAAAAAUAAUUGAGCACGAAUGGGAUUCUUAUUUUAUUUCAAUAUUUCAUGCAUUUCUCUGUCUUAAAAAUAUAUUAUUCAUCACACACACUGAAGUCUACAAAGUAAAGAUGCACAAAUAAUUUUCCUGAUCUAUCAUAAGUACCUUUUGUAGGGUCUUCUUUUAAAGUGUUGAAUUCUUACUACCCUGUAACUGCAAUUAAUAAGGCCUGGAAGGGAACAUACAAAGUUGGGAGGUCGAUGACAGGUUUCUAUAUCCUGGGAUUUGGAUAAGUCUCGUCUCAGUUUUUCUGUGAUACAGAAUGUGCAGCAACCGAAUACUUAAAUGAGGUCACCAGCCAAAGCCAGGUUAUGUGAGGAUGUUCUCAGUUCAGAUAAUGGACAGCAUUACAGAACUCGUCUCCUUGAUGUCACUUGAUGUCAGCAUUUUCAUAGCAGUUGUCCUCUUCUUUCUGGUGAGAGAUCUCUCUGUUCCAUAGUGCUCUAGACUUGAAUGAACAUAUAUCUAUAUAUGUGCAUUCAAAUGUAAUACAGAAAAUUCACGCACAUCAGGCAAUACGAAUUUAGCCAAUGUCCCUAGGAAUAUUAUUCGAAUAAUUUCAGAAUACGUUUCCCAUGUUACCUAAUGAUUAUAGCAACUAUUUCAGAACGUUAAAAAAAAUAGAACACAUACAGAAGAAAAAUGUUUGCUUUACAUCACUUGUGAAAGGUUCUGAAAAGGGAUCCUUGGAGCCCUUUCCACUCAGAUGCCACAAAGCAGCAUGCAAAGUAGUCCGCCAGAUUAUUCUAUUACUAUUCUUUAAUACUCAAGUCCUGAUAAAAUAUCCAAUUAAUGAAACUGGUAACUUUCCUUUCCUGACUCCUGCUGCUUUUAGUCCCCCAUCUUUCUGGUUAAGUGCAGUCGGUAAUUUUUUUUAUCAAGUAGUGGCUAUUCAGCCUUUGUUUUAUUUUCUGGAACUGAACAGUUUUUUAAACAAAGUUCUUUAUGAAACAAGAUUUUUGAUAAUGUUCUAAACACCUAACUCUGAAUAAAUUUUGCAGAGUAUGGUAAAUGCCUUUGAACAGUAUGAGACCUUGCAUUCUUGUUUUAAUGUGUGUUGGCAAGUUUUGGGAAAAGAAUAAUUAGUUCAUGGUAACUCUUACAGAUAUCACAUGAAGCAUGAAAACAUACAUUUAUGAGCAAGAGGAGGCAUCAUAGGCUUUUGUGUGUCCAGUUUUCCUAUCUUAUAGGUGUGUAGGACCUGAAGAGAAUCAUUGCUCUCCUUAGUGAUCUCUGAGAAAUCACACAAAUGAGUCUUGGUGCCUACAGAGUUCCCUCUUCAGAACAUUCUGGAGCUGGGCAAUCUUUGGUGGAAAUCCCUACCCACACUACACAUGUCCAAGUAGAAAAAGCUCCGACCGUUAGGCUAUGUAGGCAUUAGCUAGAAAAUUGGGAGGGGCUCAGGGCUAGGCAGAUCAAGACCAAUGUGUAAAAAGACCCAUUAUACACUCAUACACUUCUAGUGUCCCACAUGAGUAUGUAUGCCUUUCUUGAAGAAACAAAUCUUGGCAGUAACCUCCAAGACUACAGUGCAAAUGUUUCAAUUGGUACAACUCACAAUUUUCCUAUGCACUUGUGGAGGUACAAGAUGUGGCAGUGUUGCCCAAGUAUGUCCAAGUAUCUUUCUAUAUAUUGUGAUGGUUGUGGUGGUGGGCCUUCAAGUAAUUUUGGGCCUUUUGCUACCCUAAG